AUGCUCUCAUCUGAUCUUGAUGGCCCUCAGGCCUGGGUCAUUGUCGGCGCUGUUUUCUGGAAUAAUGCCCACCAUUGGGGAAUCCUCUCAAGCUAUGGUGUGUUUCUAGCCUAUUUUACGUCGCAUUCGACAUUUGCGGGGGCCAGAGCACUCGAUUACGCUUUCAUUGGGGGACUUUCCGCAUCGCAAGCGUUCGUGAUUUCCCCUCUAGUUACAAUCCUCCAUCAUCGUUUUGGAAUAAAGAUUACAAUGGCCGUUGGGGUCAUUUUAGAAACCGCUGCACUGCUAGGUGCGUCGUGGAGCACAGAAAUCUGGCAGCUAUACUUGAGCCAGGGUGUUUGUUUUGGCUGGGGACUGGGCAUGCAGUACCUUUCAACGACCUACCUGAUCCCCCAAUGGUUUGACAAACACCGCAGCCUCGCAGCAGGCAUAUGCACCGGUGGUACUGGGACUGGUGGACUCAUUUACUCUCUAGCUACGCAUGCUAUGCUUGCACGAUUUGGCAUUCCAUGGUCUUAUCGUAUCCUGGCAAUUGUUCAGUUGGCAGUCAACACUAUUUGCGUGCUUAUCGUCCGAGACAGGAGGUACAGGAGUCCACCGGGGGGCGGUACGCACAAAAUGCCGAAAAUCAACUUUCGACUUUGUCUCCGUUACGAAAUGUGGUUGGCUAUCGGAUGGAGCUUCUUCAGCGUCAUGGGAUUCAUGGUUAUCUGGUUCUCGCUGGCCACUUACGGAAGAAGUAUUGGUCUUACUUCCACGCAAGGCUCUAUUGUCACGGCUGUUAUGAACAUUGGACAGAUGUUUGGUCGUCCCAUGGUGGGUCUUCUCAGUGAUCGAAUUGGACGCAUCAAUAUGGCUGCCAUUGCUACUUGCAUUAGCGGCUUGCUUUGUCUUUUGCUAUGGGUAUUUGCUCGAGCAUAUGCGUCUCUUACAGUCUUUGCUUUGUUUGCGGGUAUCUUCUUUGGCACCUAUUGGACUGUGGUGGGCCCCAUGGGUGCGGAAGUGGUCGGUCUGGAUGACCUCCAAUCAGGUUUGGCUAUCAUUUGGUUGGCCUGUAUUAUUCCUGCAACCUUCGGUGAAGCCAUUGGGCUUGAACUUCACACGUCUGGGUCACAGCCAUACUUAGGCACUCAAUUAUUUACCGGCUUCAUGUAUAUAGCGGCUUUCCUAUUCCUGCAUUUCAAUGUCAGCCAGGCAUACCCGAAUUGGAGAGGCUCCGGUGGUUCAGGUGCCUGGAAAGUUUCAUGA